AUGGAGCCAGUGCUUGAGGACAGAGAAAGCCCUGACCCCGAUGCGUGGUCAGGCUCCAACACCCCCGCCGAGCUUGAUGACUCCCAGGAUGAAGACUAUUAUGAUGAGACAGACAGUGAAGUGGACCCUAAAGGGCUCAACGACCUUGACCAAGACCAGCAGCAUGACCUUGACCAAGACCAGCUAAAUGACCUGGAUCAAGACCAGCAGCAUGACCUGGAUCAAGACCAGCUGAAUGACCUUGACCAAGACCAGCUGAAUGACCUGGCUCAAGACCAGCUGGAUGACCUUGAGCAGGAUCCGCAGGAUGACCUUGACCAAGACCCAAGUGGUUCCGACUCCUCUCCACCUCGCCAGCGCUCCUUCUCUGACUACAGUGCCGAUGAGCCCAAUCCUGGCAGGGAGCAGUAUGAGGGCUCAGACCCUGGAUCAGACCUCCAUACUCGGGAGAGGAGCUGCGACUCUCCUGUGUACUCCCAUGGCUCAGAGGCCGAUUCGCACUAUGCCACCCCUUCACCUGCCCAGGAUGCUUUCUCUGACCGUGACUCUCCGGGUCAGCCUCAGCGUGGCCCCGGGCACUCUGACUCCUCCUCAUCGGGUCAGGUGGUGACCCAGCCUGACCCAGGCCGCCGCGUCACCAGCUCACCUGAGGAAGAGGAAGUGGGAGGCAGCCCAGAGGACGAGGAAGGAGAGGGAGGAGGGCAAUCGCAGGCACCUCCUGCUUGUGCUUCCUUUGGCAUUCCUGUGCAGGGUGCUGAGGCGGCAGAGGACUGGGGCUCACUGGGAGAGAGAGAUCUCCACAGAGCCAGCAGGAACGGGCCGAGAGACGCACGGCUGAGACGGAGCCAGAGCCAAUCUGAGAAGCAGCAGAAGGAAGCCAAGUCUAAAUGUAAACGUAUUGCUUCGCUCCUCACCAAUGCACCAAACCCCCGGAACAAGGGGGUGUUAAUGUUCAAGAAACGUCGCCAAAGGGCUAAGAAGUUUACUCUUGUGAGCUACGGUACAGGAGAGGCGGACUUUGAGAACGAGGGGGACAGCGCUGAGUACGAAGACUACAGAUACUACGACAAAGACGGACAAAGUAUCCGGAUCACCCUCUCAACGCCAAGCGACUCUGAAUUUGAGGAAGAGUACUACAUUAAUGCACUAAGCUCAGACGCUAAUUUGAACUACAACUAUAGCUGGGGCAGCAGGCAAGUCGACCCACCAGGCACAUUCAGUUGGAGAAAAAUGGAGAAGCUUCCACAGACGAAAGGAAAGGGAGUGUUAAUGUUCGCCCAGCGACGUCAAAGGAUGGAUGAGAUUGCUGCUGAGCACGAGGAGAUGAGGAGUAGGGGCAUUCCUGUGGAAGGUGUCAGGAACCCUGAACCUGAAACCCCCAAACCUUUCACUCCAGAGGAAAGCUAUGCCAGUCCGACCUACAUGGAUGCCAGUACUUAUCAACAUCAAGAACAGCUGCAGCAACCACAAUACCAGCCACAGCAACAACAGUAUCAGCAGCAGGAGCAAUACCAAAGUCCAGAAUAUCCUUACUCUCCCAAUGGCAUGAACGGUCUGGAUGCCCUCCAAUUUGGAUCUGCAGCAAAAGCCCUGGUCGCGAACAGAACCGCCAAGCCAUUUUUGGGUGGCCAAAGUAGGGCGCCAGCCACCUUCUUGCCAGUGCGUGGAGUCCCCAGUCCAACUCCAAAGAAACAGGACAACAUUUUUAAGGUGCCCGUUCCUGUCAAUUCAGCCCCACAGGUUUGGUCUCCAACCGGAGACAUUAUCGCUUCUCGUGACGAACGCAUUUCUGUUCCGGCCAUCAAAACAGGCAUCUUGCCAGAGACAAGAAGGAGAGGGGCAAACAAAGCAAAUGAUGGUGUGAAUUCUCAGCUUCAGACUAAAGGCGACCGGAGAUCUUUCAUUGAGUCUGGUCCUGAAGAGGACUACCUUAGCCUUGGGGCAGAAGCAUGUAACUUUAUGCAAGUCCCACGGGUUAAGCACAAGGGGGCACCCCCACCCGUAGCCCCUAAGCCCACGAUAAAUAGAGCUUGUCCACCUUGGUCUGCUGGUAGUACUGCACAGUUGCCUGUCCAAGUCCCUCGCAGCCCCAUGCCUGCAUCCUCCCCAGUUCCGGCCGGGAUGCCCACCAUGAUGCCUGGCCACGGCUACCCUCCAGCACAACCAAACUGGGCUCCCAAGCAAGAGCUUCAACCAGCAGGCCACACAUGGGGUCUGUCUCCAUCUCCAACUCAAGCGUAUCCCCAGUAUCCCCAGGCGCCCAACAACCACUGGGCACCUGCGAGUCCACAGCCUCAACAGUCCUGGAUGCCUCAACCACAGCAAGCCCCAGUGAGUAUGCCAUCUGUUAGCCCAACACUGGCUGGUUCAAACCAGCCAAAGACCCCUUGGACAAAACCCCAAACUGAUAUGAAUUCAAUAGCAUCUUGUCCCCCAGCCCCUCGUGGGACCUCCUACUCACAUGCACCCAAGGCACCACCUGCUUCUUCAAAGGAACGUGUCUCUGAAUUAAGCACUUGCCCAUCCGAUAAGCCCAAGGGUAAAGGUGCAGAACUGUUUGCUCGGAGGCAGUCCCGCAUGGAGAAGUUUGUGGUGGAUGCUGACACUGUGCAGGCCAACAUUGCCAAGUCCCCUUCCCCAACCCCCUCACUUCCAAGCACCUGGAAAUACUCGUCCAAUGUUCGCGCGCCACCUCCCACCUCUUACAACCCCAUCCUCUCCCCCUCUUAUCCCCCUGGAGCAGCAAAACAGGCCACUUCAACUAGCCCCAUGGUUAAGCCCAAAGCAAAGAAGGAGAAACCCAAACCAGCCCCUAAACACCUCAAUGCCCUGGAUGUUAUGAAACAUAAGCCCUAUCAGCUUGACACCUCCCUCUUCAUGUAUAACUCCGUUCCCGAGGUAAAUGAGCCCAGCCCCAAAUCUUCCCCAGUCCCUCCUGUUCCAGAGUCAGAUCAGGUACCCAGGCAUGACUCUCCAACCAAAGCCAACCCCCCGGUAAGUGUCACCUACCCAUUCACUCAGCAGUCUGCCCAAGCUGGUCAGGCCCUGGACAAGAAGCUUCCUGCAUCACCUGCCACGCAUGACCGCCCUGACAGCCAAGCCCAGUCCAACUUCUGUCCCCCAUCUACUUUGCCUCACAUGGCGUCCAGCAAACCCACAGGCAGUUUCUACGCGCUUCCCACUUCAUCACCUUUACCCUCUGAUUUAAUCUCUAGAUGUGCUCUACCACUGGCCCCAAGACCUAAAUUCUCAGCUAAAAAACCAGCAGUAGCAGCCAAACAAUGGAAACCUGUAGUUAUGGUGCUUGGCAGAAGCCGCUCUCUCUCUCUGCCCAGAAGGUCCAUGUCAUCUGUGUCCCCGCAGUCCCCUGUCUCCCCAUACGCCAGCCCUGGUGUUGGGCCAACGCGGACCCCACUGGAGAGGCACUCCUCCGUCAAGCCGCCCUCUCCAUGGGAGGCUGCUGCCAAGAGCCCUCUGGGGCUGGUGGACGAGGCCUUCGCCUUCCAGGACGUUCCGCAGGCGUCUGCGGCCAUGCACCGCAGGUCACUGCCCGAGCCACCGCUGGAGUGGAAGCAGAGGGUUGCGUACGAGCCGGCGGGGCACAGCCCAGUCUCCCCAUUCUCUCCCCAGCCUCGUUUCCAGCCUGUGUCUUCCCCCAUCAGAGCAGCGCCUGUGUCCCCAUCCAAGCCAGCUUUCUAUGGGCCUCCCUUCAGGCCUGCUCAGCCCCUCACCGCCAACACCAGGUAUCCAGGGACUGGCUCACUACAAAGGAAAAAUAGGCAUUCAAACUCUCUGCCGCCUCUGCGAGUAAGCAGGGUAAUGUAAUCGAUGAUCUGAUGUAGUAAGCAUUUGUCUGGUUUGCAGUAGUCCAACUGAAAUCCGAGACAGAGCUGUCAUCACUACCACUUCACACGUCAACAGCUUCAUCAACAAAACGACUUAGAGUCAAAAUGAGGCGUCGUAAUUAAAAUUAGACACAGAUGUUGAGUAUGAAGUUAAUGCAUAACUUUUGAAAUGACACUGGUUGGGCGGUAAUUGUGCAUGAUGCCUUAUACAUGUGUUACGCACUGAUACAAGCAAGGAUUAGGUUCAGGAAACAACUGUUUCAGGUAUCAGGUAAGACUAAGGAAUGAAAGUCAAAGAGUAAUGUUGAAUGUAAAGUGCUGAAAUAUAAUACAAAAAAUAUAUAUGGAAGUAGAAGCUGUUACAAAACAUAUUAAAAUGGGAAAUUGUACAUUUUCGAGGACUAUAGAAUAAAAUAGUUUAAGGGUUAAGAAAAAGCUAAAUUAUGAAACAAGCAGUGCAGCUAGGAGAAAUAAAAGGGAUAUUCCUGCAAGUUUUUUGAAAGUUGGUGAUUAUUUGCUAUAUCUGUGGAUUAUGCAAACUGUUGGUUUUGAAUCAGAGUAUAUGACAGGUAAAGUAAAAAGGAAGGAUAAAGAAUACGAUUAGCAUAAAUCAAAUAUCAGCUAAAAAUAUUGGUGUUGAGGGAUAAAUUGAGUAGAAGAUUAUCCUCCAUGUUAGAAAUGCUUCACUCGUCAUCACUUUUAACACCAUAUUUCCAUAUAUUCCCACCCUGUCUGUUUGAUGUUUUAUAUGUAUGAGAAUCAGAGCAGAUAUUGUAUUUUUCACUUGGCUGAUAUGUGAAUGUGUUUUACAUCAUUGUGUAGUUGUUGAUACGGCAAGCUGUAUUCAUUUGCAUUGUAAGUUAGUUUGGUAUUAGGCCUAUACUGCAUAGUUAUCUCUCCCACACCAAUACAUCACAUGGACACCAUGUGGACAAAAAUCUAGAGCUAACUGCAGCUAGAGAGAAAAUAUAUAUAUAUUAUAAACUAGAAGUGUUCUACAGAGUUGAUUGCAAAAUGAUGUGGCCUACUGGGUAUGAAAAUUUCACAUGUGCGCAUUGAUUAUAAUCAACACUAUUAAACUUUUCCAUGAAUAUGA